AAGGAGAAAUGCUGACAUGUUGGCAGAGCUGAUCAUUUUCAUUGUGGAUCUCAUGCUUGCUUUAGCCAUUUUUGUUAUCCUAUAUGCUGUUUACUUCAUAGCAGCCACAGCCUCAAGAGAAGGGGCUUUCUUGCCCAAAGAAAGUUAUCUCUUCUAAAGAGUGAUGAGCUCUCUGGAGCAGAGGAGACCCAUGGAAAGACUUGCUGGAACACCGGACCCAACCAACUGAGAGGUCACACUACCAUCUACACAUGAAUAACAAUGAAGUUCUCAUAAACGAGCAGAAAUACCCAGGAAACAUGAAGAGUUGGAUUGCUUCAAAAACUCAUGUAUUAUGACAUUACAACUUCAGAAAAGAUAUGUUUUAUAACUCUAAAAACUCAAUUGUGGAAAGAGUAAACAAGCUAUUUGAUGGCAGAGUACCAAAACUUGUUGAAAUACUUUUGGAGCUUUAACUGUACAGAGUCACCAAAAUGUUUCAUGAAUUUAAUUGAAAAAUGUUCCUUUAAAACUGCCUUAGCCAAUCAGAGCAUUUUUGCCAUUGCCUCUGCUGGUCUCAGUGUGGUCCAGGAGAAGAAUCAUCCUCCACUACCUCACUGAGAAACAGUACGAAGGCUCUGCUAUCUUACAGCUUUGACUGUAUGUGAUUUCUCUCUCCACCAUAACACCUUGUCAAAGCUUGCCACCUUAUUACAUUCUGUAUUUUACUUGCUUUGGUUAUUUGUACCGUUUUCCCUAUUUCAUCUUCAAAUUAUCCCUAAAUUUUAGCAAUUUCUCCUCAGCUGCUCUGUAUUCUUAAUAGUGCUUUUCCAAGUGCCAUGAAUAUUAAUAAAUAUUUUUCUGAGUCAGUGAACCCACCAAAUCUGAAUCCACAGUUAUAAAUGCUGUAUAUUCAAGGAAAGGUGAAAAUUAAUGGAGGACCAUUAGCAGAGGAAUGAGCUUAUCAGAAUUCUCGAAAUUCAACAAGAAGGUCCAGAAGUUAGGGUCUUAAGCAUUUGUUCAUGUUUUUACAAAUGGUUAAUUCCUUAAGAGUAGCUAAUCAGCAGCAAAAUUCCAGUUUUUCAAACAUUCACACUUUCAUUCAUGGGAAGCCAAGAAGAGACCAUGACAGAGAUAGAAGAGCAACUGGGCUGGGAAGGUGUGUGAAGAGCCGCUGGGAAGGUUUGUGAAAAGCCAUUGGGAAAGGAGAAACAGAGGAAGCUUGACAUUCUGGAAUGUGAGGCUACGCAGUACUUGGUUCCCCAGAAAGCUGAGCUGGGCAUGGUAUGUGUGUGCAGAAAGUUUACUUUGGGCACUUCCAUCCCAAACUACUGGAAGACAUGGAGUUGUCAAGGUAAACAUCAUAGGCAGUUUUGGCUCAAUCCUCCAGGGGGCGCUCUGAAAAGAUGCAUAGAAUAUACCUCAAAGUUGUCCACCAGAAGGACCAACAAGAGAAAUUAUCCAUCAGCCUUCUUCUCCCUUUGGUCAAGAAUUUCUCUGCAGGGUGUGCAUGACCUUGAACUUCUAGGAUUGUGUCUAAUCCAUGCUUCAGAAAAGUUGAAUGAUUUCCAGAAGGCAUCUUAAGAUAUGGCAAAAGAGAAGCUCCAGGAGAGAAAGCAAGAAAUCGGUGUUGCCCCUGAUGGAAGGUGCUACCAAGUGACGCCAUCAUCAAACUGGCUACUGUAAACAGGUGGGCCAGAGGAGGUGAUCUGGGGCACAAGAGAAUGACUGACAUCACUCUUUUAGUAGUACAGGAACCAAAUGCAAGUCUGUCUGCUCUGGAAAUAAUGAGCACAGGAUCAUAUCCAUCCAUUUUGGACAGAAAAAGGGGCACUCAGACCAAGGGGCAGCCAGAAAAAAACACAAUUGGAGAUCAGAAGACACCAGGGCCUCGGGGGCAUUGCCCUUGCUAAGAACCAAACUCCACCUUCCCUCUGCUUCAAACAGAGACCAACACCAGUGUUUGUUUUGGUCCACAAAAGCAUUUUCAAGAAGCUGCUGGUCAAGCAUGGCUUUAACAGAUCAAAGGCUUGAGAACCUGCAGGUCUACAAACUUCUUCAAUGUGUUCGGAACAAAGACAAGAAGCAGAUAGAAAAGCUCGUCAAACUCGGCUACCCUGAACUAAUCAAUUUCACAGAACCUGUGGAGGGACUCAGUGCUCUGCACCUAGCCUCAGUUUCCAAUGACAUUGACAUGGUCAGCUUUCUCCUCAGCCUUGGUGCUCACCCCGAUGUGCAAGAUCGAAUGGGCUGUACUCCGACCAUGAGGGCUGCAGGACUGGGCCAUGAAUUGUCCAUGGAAAUACUAGCCAAGGCAAAGGCAGAUAUGACUAAAGUCGAUAAUGAAGGAAAAGGUAUUUUGUUUCACUGCAUUUUACCUACUAAGAGGCAUCAUCGCUGUGCAUUGAUUGCCCUGGAACACGGUGCGGAUGUCAACAAUUCUUCCUAUGAAGGAAUCCCAGUAUUCCUUAGAGCUUGCGAAGAAGCACAUGAUGUUAAAGAAAUGUGCCUGACAUUUUUGGACAGAGGAGCCAAUCCAAAUGCUAUCAACUCAGCCACAGGCCGCACGGCUUUGAUGGAAGCGUCCAGAGAAGGCGUGGUGGAAUUAGUUCGAGGGAUAUUGGAGCGAGGAGGUGAAGUGAAUACAUUUGAUAAUGAGAGACAUCAUGCUGCACAUUUCGCUGCCAAAGGAGGCUUUUUUGAUAUAUUGAAGCUUCUUUUUGCCUACAACGGAGACAUGGGGUUGAUUGCAAUGAAUGGGAACACACCACUUCAUUAUGCUGCCAUGGGUGGUUUUGCAGAUUGCUGUAGAUAUAUAGCUCAGCGAGGAUGUGACCUGAAAUGGAAGAAUUUACAGCAUAAAACACCCAGGAAUGUGGCUAAAGAAGGUGGCUUCAAAGCAGCAAGCAAAGAAAUAAGGCGGGCAGAACGAAUUGCUAAUAAACUAGCCCGGCCAGGAGCCAAAGAUCCUAACCCACUCUGGGCCCUUCAACUUCAUGAUUGGUCAGUAGAACACGAGACUUCCCUUCAGGGAGCUUUUUCAUAUGUGGACAGGGGGGAUGGGACAGUCAGCAAGGAAGACUUUGUGAUGGUGCUGGAAGAGAGGCAAGAGUUAGUCAACCCAGAACAGCUGCUUUCCAUAGCUCAACUUCAUGAACAAUUGCGGGGAGGGGGGGUCAACAUUAACGAUUUCUUUAAGGGAACCAAAUACUUACAGAAGUCUUAUGUCUUGGGAUCCUAUGGGCCUAAAAAAAAGAAAAGAGGAAUAGCCAAAAGGACAAAAAAAGGCAAGUUCGCUUUACCCCUCCCAAUCUGCAUCAUUCCUGAUGACGCAUUUCCACGCCGGAGUGAUGGUGGGCCACCAUAUUACAUGAUUGAAACCUACAAGAACAUAACUGAUUGCAGUCGGUUUGAUCGGGAUCAUCCACCAGAACAUCCCAUUCAGGAUGACUCUGCUUGGUACAUUGAUGAUACAGAGAAAGCAUAUUCAAAUAUUAAUUUUCUCACCAAGGCAGGAGACCUAGCUUCGCUGAAAAAGGCAUUUGAAUCAGGAAUACCUGUGGAUAUGAAGGAUAAUUAUUACAGAACACCACUAAUGACUGCUUGUGCAAGUGGAAACAUAGAGGUGGUCAAGUUUCUUCUUGAAAGAGGGGCUAACAUUAAUGCUACAGAUAAUUUUCUGUGGACUCCACUCCAUUUUGCAUGCCAUGCAGGCCAACAAGAUAUUGUUGAGCUUCUUGUUAAAUCUGGAGCCAUCAUAGAUGCAGUUUCACUCAACAACUCAACUCCUUUAAGUAGAGCCAUUGAGAGCUGUAGACUGGAUACUGUCAAAUACCUACUUGAUAUUGGUGCUAAAUUCCAGUUGGAAAAUAGAAAAGGGCAUACUGCCAUGGAUGUUGCAAAAGCAUAUGCUGACUAUAGAAUAAUUGAUUUGAUUAAAGAAAAGCUAGAUAACUUGCCAAAACCAGCAGAAAACCAAAAACCAAAAGGCAAGCCACCUCUUAAAGUGAAAACUGAAGGCCCUGAAAUUAAGAAAGAAGGGGAGGAACCACUUUCGCCAGUUUAUACUGUACCAACCAUACUGGAGGAAAAGAAAAUGCGUAAGGAUAAUGUGGUUCAUCUCAAUUCAUUGAUUACUAGUGGUCACACCAAGAAAGUAGAUAUCACAUUUAUUCCACGGAGGACCUGGAGUCCUGAAGCCACAACGGAAGAGCUGAUCAGAAAGAGGGAACUGCGGAGGGAGAGGUUCACUUAUGAGGUGGACUUUGAAGACUUCAUGAUGCCCUUUCAGAAGAACAUCACAGAGAAAGCUCAAGCAUUGGAAGCUGCUUUCAAGAACUAAAUCACAGAAGUUGUGCCUUGUGUUAAACAUUUUGAGGCCCAGAGAUCAAACUUUGGAGGAAAUAAAUAUUUCCGUCAAAGCCAAAGCAAUCCACAGCUUAAGUAUUUGUAACCAAAUAUUUGUUUUUGCUUUAACAACUAUAAAUAGUAUAAGCUGUCUAGAAAAGGUGUGUUUUGUUUUACAACAAAUUGCAUGUCAUUCUGGGUAAAUUCCCCAAUCAUCUUUAAGAUUAUAGUGGAAUAAAUGGCAUUUUGGUUAUAAACAUAACUUUAUUGUCAGAAAAUUUACCAAAUAUACACCAUUGUGUUUGCUAAGAUAUAAUUCUGGAAGUUGUUGUAGACUAUUUUAAUAUUAAGAAAGAGAAGGAAUUUUUAGUGUGUUAAGGAAGAAAUUUGUUUCUCACACAUGAUUGUAAGUGAUGUAUAUUGGGUUAAGUAAAUGUUGACACCUCUGGCAGACACUGUCUGCACUCCAGCCAUCUCUCCUCUGCUUUGGGAUUGAGGCAGUCUCAGACCUGGUUUCCAGAUGCUGGAUUGCAGCCUCUGACAUUUAAACUUGUACAGUAGGGGCCAAAGUACAGGGUCAUGAGCACCUCCUGGAAACAGCUCUCAAGCAGUGACUGAACAGAUGCAGUGUAUUAAGUCCCAGUUCCGUCACCAUUCUGGUGAGAUUAUUCUAAAGGACAUGUUCUCACUAACUUCCAGAGCUCCCCAUGGGGAUUAAGAUCAAGAUGCCCACAGUGGUGAUUUUGUGUGAUAACAUGCCCUUUAUUGGACAUCUUUUCUUUGCUGUUUCCUCACUUUUCUCCAGACCUUCUGGUCUUUGUUGAGAUCACCUCCCAAAUACUUAUACCUAAAUUCUUGUCUCAAGGUUCCUUCUUUAAGGACUCAAACUAAGACAUCUAUGGUGUUAUGAUUCUAAGUCCCCUAGCAAAUAUUUUUAAAAUACAUUCCCUUAGCUUCUGUUUGCAACAAAAUAAACAUUUCCCCGACUUAGAGGAUUUGUUCCCAGGAUCUUAAGCAUUUAAGAAACAGUUCAAGUAGUAUUCAUAUACUACUUUAGACAAAAUUUCCACAUGCCAUAAAAUAUAUAUGAUAGGGAAUGACUAGGUAUUAUAUAUGACUUUUCCUUAAGGCAAGUAUCUGUGGGGCAAGGGAGAAGGGCAGAUUUAAGAGACCCACCAUAAAACCUUACAAAUAUCCUUUGGACUUUGGGUCUGCAACUUGACUCAUACUUGGGAAAGAGGUAUGUUAGGAUUCUACUGAAGAAAUAGAGUCAGUAGGCUAGAACAGGUAGGUAGGGAGGUAGGGAGGUAGAUAGAAAGAUAGAUAUUGCAAGGAGUUAACUUACACAAUUGUGGAGCUGGUAGGGCAGGCCACCAGGAAGGAUAGGCCAAAAACUGUUGGACAAAAGAUGUCCCUACAGUUCACAAGUAAAAUUUCUUCUUCCUCAGGGAAACCUCAGUUCUGCUCUCAGGGCCAACUGAUGGGAUCAGACACACCCAGAUUAUUGAGGAUAAUCUCAUUUACAUAAAGUCAACUAAACGUAGAUGUUAGUUGAAUGUAUACUACAUUCAUAGCAACACCUACAGUUAGUGUUUGAUUAACUAGGUUCUAUAAUGUAGCCCAAUAGAGACAUAAAACUGACCACCGCUGGAGGUUUAGUAGUAAGUAAAAAGCUAGUGGAGGCAUUACCCAUACCAGGAGAGGCAAUGAGGGCUGGGCAGGAGCUCCAAUAGUAUCCACAAAAGCCCCAUUGACAGCAAGAGUCCACUUUAGAAUCUGCCUUAGCAGAGGGCACAACUCCAGGUUACAACUGUUAGGCACAUACAUGAAAUCCCUUUCCUUUAAACCCUUUACUUUCCAUGUUAACAAGCUAGUGAGUCUGAGAGGAGACUGGAUGACUGAGUGAAGUAGCUAUUCAAGCCCAUCUUUUCCUCAGGCAGGCUUGAGCUGGGAUUGCUUGCACAUUUUAUAAUAUGGAGCCUGGACAUUUGUUAUUAGAACUUAAUUUUGUUUUAUGAAAAUUUUUUGAUGUUUCUUCAUUUUUAAAUUUUGACUUAAUGUCAGAUUUACAGAAAAAUUACAAGAAUUGUACAAAGAAAUUCUGCAUAUCCUUUACCCAUACUACAUAAAUGUUAACCAUCCACUUUAUUUCUUCCUUUCUCUACAUAUAUAUGUAUAUGUGUAAUUUUUUUCUGAACUAUCUUCAGUUGAAAACCUGUAAGUUUUUAGUGUGUUUAUCCAUAAAACAAGAACAUCCUCUUAUGUAACCAUAUUAUAAUUGUCAGUUAGGAAAUUAAUACUUGAAUUAACUAUAUAUUUAGUCUAUAGUUCUUAUUUUGCUAUUCGUCCCAAUAAUAUUCUGUAGAGCAAAGAAAAUCCCGGGUCAUGGGCUACAUUCAGUUGUCACACUUCUUUGGUCUCUUGUUGCUUGUUUUUAAUUACAUUGGUAUAUUAGAAGAACUCAGGCCAGUUAUUUUGUAGAAUGUCCCUCAGUUUUUGUUGAUUUUAGAGAGAGGGGGGAAGGGAGAGAAAGAGAGAUCAAUUCAUUUUUCCACUUGUUUAUGCAUUCAUUGGUUACUUCUUAUAUGUGCGCUGACGGGGGACUUUAACCUGCAAGCUUGGCAUAUCUGGAUGAUGCUCCAACUAAUUGAGCUACUUGCCAGGGCCCAAAAAUGUCCCUCAGUUUUGAUUUGUCUUGUAUUUACUUAAAUAUACUUUUAGGUGAUGCAUUUUAGGCAGAAAUACCACAGGCCCUUCAAGUACAAAUUAUACAAGGCACCUGAUAUUGAAUGUGAUGUAAACUUGGUAAAUUUUAUCCUUUGGUUAAAGUGGUGUCUAUCUGAUUUCUCCACUGUAAGGUUAUUUUUCCCUUUGUACUUAUGUAUUUUAUGGAUAGAGCCUUUGAAACUAUGUGAACUUCCUGUUAGUCCUAUAACUUUCAUCCCUUAAUUUUAGCAUUUAUGAAUAAA